AUGAAAUACGCAGACGCUGUACCAGAUAUGCGGUACGAUUCCGAAGCCGCCUAUGCCUUUCGACUUUGGUUCACCGAGGCGUCGCAUAUUCCGUGCUACUCUACCCGUCUGUACGGGCCGGUUAGAACGCACCCGCUGACUCCUGAUCAAUGGAAGAACACGUUGAGUAAGGACCGCCAAAUGUGGGCGGCAGAAGCUAGCGACUACGUGUCGUGCUACACGUUGGUCAAAUCGUUCUUUAGCCACAGCGCCAACAAUAAUCUCCCCCAGAAAAAGGAAGUGGACGAGAUUGUGGAUGAACUUGUGAAGAACGAGACUUCUUCAGGGUCAUUCAGUGCACUGGCAUUAACUAGAGCAGUCAUCGACUAUUUGUUGCAAGAAUGGACGCCACCUUCGACCACUCCGGCUACUCCGACUUACUGUGCGACCACUGCACAGUCUUCAGCUGCACAGCCUUCAUCUGGAUUGUCUUCAGCUGCGGAGUCUGCAGCUUCAUCGUUUUCGGCUGCAGAGUCUUCAGCUGCACUGUCCUCAACUGCAGUACCUAUCCGUGGGACUUCGAAAAACCGGGGCAAUAAGGAGCGACUGAAAGAGCGUCUUCAGCGGCUUGAGAGCGAGGCGAGGUCCCUAACACUGAUGUCAGGUAUUGUGCCGGAGGAGAUUAGUGAUUUGGGGGUUCCGUUUGCCAUUUCAUCAACAGAGUCUCCGCCUCUUCCGUUGGGUGCAUUGAUGUGGGCCUACGACGUUUUGAAGUACGACUUGCUUCAUCUCUUGCCUGCGGUGUACCUGGCAAAACUCCAAAACUACCCCACGGUGGUGGAGCUUGCCACGUAUGCGUCAGAUAAGGUGUUCAAAGGACCAAAGAAAGGCUCUCGACUGGUCUGCUACCCACAACUGCUAUAUGGCGACUGUAAGGAGGAAGAAGACAAAGGCAGCUGCAAAGAAGUGAAAACCGAAGACUUUCGCUCCUUGGUACCAGCCGAGAUUGACCAACGGGUCAAGAAGGGGAAAAAUACUGAACGCCGAGAACUUCGUUUACCAACACCAGAACAACUACCUCGGGGCUGCACUGGUGUACAUUGGUGGGCAAACAGCAUUCUUGCUAAUUGCUGGAAUAGAGCCAACCCUCUAGGGUCACCCGGCGAUAUGAUUUCGCAGCCAGUAUUUUUCGCCAUGGUCUACUCACAUGUUUGUGAGUGUCUUAGAAACGAUUUUUAUGGUUGA